UCUGGUUGCCAAGGAGACGCGAAUACCGGAAAUGCGGAAUUCGGGGAGGGUGCACGCAAGGGCUGUGGGCGAGAGGCCCGGCGUCACAGGUCCUGACAGGGAAGAAGUUGGCAGGUCCUGACUGGGGAGAGCUGUGGCGGAGGCACCCGGGUCCAGUCAACCCUGGUGAUGGAGUCGCAGGUCGCGGUUGCUGGGGAUGGAGAGACUGAGGCAGAGGCGGGCAAGGGUCCCAUGAUUGGCAGUGCCAGCCAAGGGUCGCUGGUCUCAGCGCCCAAGGGGGCUGUCCGGUGGAAGCUCCUGCGACAGGUUCUGAAGCAGAAACAGCUGGAUGACGGUCUGAGACAUGUAUCUGUGAGAAGAUUUGAAUCAUUUAAUCUGUUCUCAGUCACAGAGGCCAAAAACAGGGGAACCGAAAAAGAGGCUGGUGCGUGGGUCCAGUACACAAGCAUCUUUUACCCCGAGUACAGCAUCUCCUUAAGGGUCUCACUAUGUAGCUCCAGCUGGCCUGGGACAGCCUGGUCCAUAGGAUCCACCUACAGAAUUCUGCCUCCCAGAAGUUUUAAAGUUUGUCAAAUACAACAUUAUGGAACGAUCAGAGGAAGAAAAGAUGAAUAAUCUUAGGUAAAUUCAAACCAACAAUGUUUACUAGUAUCUUGUAUAUAAAUAUGAGGUAUGCUUUCCUCAAGGAGCUAAAUAUAUGAGAAAUGAAACAAUGACAAGAAAGAAGGAAAGUUAAGUAGGCAACCCGAGAGAUCUCACCAUGUGGCACACGGCUGAUCUCUAAAUUAAAUUAAAACUUGACAUGUUUUGUCUUAGAAGCACUG